GACCACACAUCACCGCCACGUCAGCCUCAUAUAGAGUGCAUUGUUGAGGACUACACUCAGCACAAGGCAAGAUACUUGAUUCGAGGAACGCAUAUACCCUACCCGCGAGCUCAGGACCCUGCUGAGAGCUCAUCCAGGAGGAUUUAUCACCCCCGGAGAUCCCCAACACCAUGGCUAAGAUCCCGCGCAAUUUCCGCCUGUUGGAGGAGCUGGAGAAGGGAGAAAAGGGCAUUGGAGAUGGCAGCUGCUCGUACGGACUUGAUGACGGUACAGACACCCUCAUGUCCAACUGGAACGCAACGAUCAUCGGCCCCUCUCACUCUGUACACCAGAACCGCAUCUACUCGCUUCAGAUCCAUUGCGGAGAGGCCUACCCGGACAGACCGCCUACUGUGCGCUUUACCACGAGGAUCAACCUGCCUUGUGUUGGUGGGGAUGGAAAGGUGAGUGCAGUAGGGAGCACUUCAAGGAGGCUCAGAAGGGGAGCUAUUGUAGGAGGGGGACGAGCACUAACUCUAUUCCCCCUAUCUUGCUUGCGUCGUAUCUGUCUCUCCAGGUGUCAGAUCGUGCAUUCCCCAUUCUAGCAAACUGGAGGAGGGACUACACUCUUGAGACAAUCCUCGUUGAGCUGAGGAGGGACAUGGGCAGUGCUAGCAACCGUAAGCUUCCACAGCCCGCAGAGGGGACGAGCUACUAGCCAGGCUCGAUAAUGCUUAAUUGGGAGACUAGACCAGACGGGUGGACCGGGCGGGGCGGAUAUGAGAGGGGGCAGAAGAGAGGAGCGUUAUUCUCUAGGGCGGGAAGAAUCGAUUUGUUUAGCUAGAAGCGAUGCUUUGAUCGGACGUUGUUCGGACGCAGCAGAUCAAUGAGACGUCUAUAUUCAUUGCACCGAUCAUAGCUCCCCAAUGAUCGCAGU